AUGGCUGAGGAUGAGGACGAACUCCUGAGGCUACAUGGAGGAACUGACAUGAGCAACCAUCAGGAAGUCUUCACAUCUCUGUUUAACAAGGUGAGCAGCUUCCCUUCGUCUCUUCAGCUGUUGUCCGUCUUGCAGGCGCUGGUGCUGCUGGGUCCCGAGCGAGCCGAUAUCUGGCAGGCGCUGGAGGCGCUCGCUAACAGAGCUGUACUGAUCGCUCAGAGCUCGGAGAUGGACUCAUGUGAGAAGAUCCUGCAGCGUCUCGUUUUUAUGAAGGAAUUGUCGAAAGGCUCUUAUGAAGUCGACUGUUACGAAUACAAGAGAAAGAAUCAAGCCGUACAGACGGAGACCAAAGAGGACACACUGGAGUGUUCCUGCAAACCAACCAAAAACCAUGAACCUUCUCCCAACUCCACAAAGACUGGAUCUCCUCCUCCUCCUGCUCCAGGAGCAUCUAUACCUCCUCCUCCUCUUCCAGGAAUGACUUCUAUAUGUUCUCCACUGCUUCCAUCUUUACCUGGCAUGAGUGUGCCUCCUCCUCUUUCUCCUGCACCUCCUCCUCCUUCAGGAGCAUCAAUGCUUCCUCCUCCUCUUCCAGGAGCAUCAAUGCUUCCUCCUGCACCUCCUCCUCUUCCAGGAGCAUCAAUGCUUCCUCCUCCUCUUCCAGGAGCAUCAAUGCUUCCUCCUCCUCUUCCAGGAGCAUCAAUGCUUCCUCCUCCUCUUCCAGGAGCAUCAAUGCUUCCUCCUGCACCUCCUCCACUUCCAGGAGCAUCAAUGCUUCCUCCACCUCCUCCUCCACUUCCAGGAGCAUCAAUGCUUCCUCCACCUCCACCUCCUCCUCUACUUCCAGGAGCAUCAAUGCUUCCUCCUGCACCUCCUCCACUUCCAGGAGCAUCAAUGCUUCCUCCACCUCCACCUCCUCCUCCUCUUCCAGGAGCAUCAAUGCUUCCUCCUGCACCUCCUCCACUUCCAGGAGCAUCAAUGCUUCCUCCACCUCCUCCUCCACUUCCAGGAGCAUCAAUGCUUCCUCCACCUCCACCUCCUCCUCCACUUCCAGGAGCAUCAAUGCUUCCUCCACCUCCUCCUCUUCCAGGGAUGGCUUCUACACUGCCUCCACCUUUACCUAGCAUGAGUGUGCCGCCUCCUCUUCCUCCAGGAGUAGGUGAUGUGAUCGUGGCCCAGACGUUUUACCCGGUUGGUCAGUGUUACUCGGCGCCGGUGAGGAGCGGCCCUCAUCCUUCGCUUCGGAUGAAGAAGCUCAACUGGCAGAAGCUGAACUCCAGAGCCGUCACCGAUGGUCCUUCAUUGUGGGCGUCUGUCACGAGCAAAUCUCAGCUGGAGCCCAAUUACAGCAGCAUCGAGCAGCUCUUCUGUCUGCCGCUCACCGAACCCAAAGACACGAGCCUCGCCGUGCCGCUCAAGAAGGAGCCCAAGGAGAUUUCCUUCAUUGACCCCAAGAAGAAUAUGAACCUGAAUAUCUUUCUGAAGCAGUUUAAGUGCUCAAAUGAAGAGUUUGUGUCAAUGGUGCAGAAAGGAGACUGUUCGAAAUUUGACGUCGAGUCCCUGAAACAGCUGCUAAAACUGCUUCCAGAAAAACACGAGAUUGACAACUUAAAAUCAUUUCAAGGAGAUCCGGACAAACUGGCCAACGUGGACUACUUUUACCUCUCACUGCUGGCUGUACCCUGUUACCAGCUGAGGAUUGAAUGCAUGUUACUGUGUGAGGAGACUCUGUCUGUGCUGGAGAUCCUGAAGCCCAAGGUGGAGCUGCUGGAGACGGCGUGUGAGAAUCUCAGGAAAAGUUCACUGCUGCCCAGUUUCUGUAAACUCAUCCUCAGCGUUGGAAACUUUCUCAACUAUGGAAGCCACACAGGAAACGCAGAAGGAUUCAAGAUCUGUUCCCUGCUAAAACUCACCGAAACCAAAGCAAACAAGAGCCGCAUCACGCUCUUACAUCACAUCCUGGAGGAAGCUGAAUUAAACCAUCAAGAGCUGCUGGAGCUUCCAGACGACAUCGAAGCCUGUGAGAAAGCAGCCGGUGUAAAUCUGGAGUCGAUUCAGGCUGAAACCAGUCAGCUUCUGAAGAGACUGAGAGACGUGGAGAAGAAAGUCUCCUCAUCGCUCGAGGACGUCAAGCAGCAGUUCUCAGGGCUCAUCGAGAAGAACCUGACGGCGUGUGAAGCUCUGGACCAGCGUUUCUCCAGCGUGGACAGCAGGAAGGGUGAUCUGGCUCAGUAUCUGUGUGAAGACGUGGCUCAGCUCUCGCUCGACGAGCUCUUCAGCACCAUCAAGAUCUUCCGCCAGCUCUUCCUCAGAGCCCUGAAGGAAAACAAGAUCCGUAAAGAACAAGCGGCUAAAGCGGAGAAAAGAAAGCAGCAGCUGGAGGAGGAAGAGUCCAAGAGACGGAAGGGAGAAGAUGGAAAGAUAAUUCGUCGAGGCAUAGCUCCGCAGGACGACGGCUGCAUCAUCGAUCAUCUCCUGGCCGACAUUCGCAAGGGUUUCCAUCUGAGAAAGACUCGUCCCAGGCAGCUCUAGGAAGAGGAAAACGAGAGGAAGAAGGAAAAGCUGAGUCUGUUAUUUCACUGGAUCUCUCUCGACCGGAUAAGAUCAGUGCCUCGGUUUCAUCUGUAGAGAAGCCACUGAUGGCAUGCUUUGAAGAAAUACACAUUGUACACUGUGUAUUUGAGUUUGGCUUAAAGAAAUUUAUUUUUAAAUGCUAAAUCUUAAGAUUUGACCAAUCUGUUUUAAAUAUGUGCACACUU